AUGUUCUUUAAAUUAUUAAGAGGAAGGAAAAUAUAUAUUAACAACAAAAACUACUACAAUAACAAAUAUAUACAUGGGGAUUCUUUUUCUAGUAGUCCCCAAAAGAUUAUGUCAGUUCGUCGUUUCAGCGAAUAUAUUAAUAUAGAAGAGAAAAUAAAUUUACCAAGAUUAAAACUAAGAGGAUUACCUUUUGAUGCAUCAGAAGACGAAAUAAAAAAUUUCUUUAGAGAUUUCCAAUUAACAAAACAAGCAUAUCCUAUUCAUAUAAUUAAAGGAAUUAAGAAUAAGCCCACUGGGCAUGCAUAUGUGUAUUUCGAUGAUGAAGAAGAGGCCAGAAAUGCUUGUCAAGCUAUGAACAGGAAAUAUAUAAGAGACAGGUUUGUUGAAAUUUACCAGGAUUAUGUUUAUAAUCACAACUUAACACCUGCAAAAGAGCAUGUUACAACAUUGAUGAGGGACAGAUAUAAAAAAGACAACCAAUAA